GUGGAAUGUCACCCAUACCUCAAUCAGACCAAGCUAUUGGAGUAUUGCAAGUCUAAAGACAUUGCGAUGGUUGCGUAUGCUGCAUUGGGGUCCAACAGAGGAAAGGAAUGGAUAAAGAAGGAUAAUCCAGUUCUCCUGGAGGACCCGGUUCUCAACAGCAUUGCUGAAAAGCACAGAAGAACACCAGCCCAGGUCGCCCUGCAUUACCAGUUGCAGCCGAGUGUGCUGGCCCUGGCUAAGAGCUUCAAUAAGAGAAUCCAGGAGAACUUCCAGGUUUUUGACUUCCAGUUGACACCAGAGGAUAUGAAAAUCCUAGAUGGCCUAAAUAGAAAUAUUCGUUAUAUUAAUGAUUCCAUGCUUACUUCAUACCCAGACUAUCCAUUUUUUAUGACUUGUAGCAACUGAAUCUGUGGUUUCGUCAAACUUCUUUGAUUUGGGUCGAUGUAUAGAAAACACCUCAGGAAUGAGAAACUGCCUGGCUGACUUUAUAUUGCUCAGCUGGAGUACCUGUAUCAGAGACGUCUCUACACACAGUAUUAUUCAGCAAAGAAAAUAAAGAUACGUUUCAAACAGUUUA